UUAUACACUUUAGAUUCACUGAAGUAUGCUGCAGUAUUGAAAGAGAAAAAACAAGAUUCUUUUCCUAUACGUUCCCGGCCAUUUUCUACCACUCAUCCAAAACGAAUAAUUAAAAAAGACACACUGUUGGACAGGAAUAUAAGAAGAGAAUUUUUUACAACACACAGAGCUGGUAUGAAACUCCGAACCCUUAGUGAAAUUGAUAAAUUUUACACAGAACAAAAGAAGCAGGAAUGCCAUAAAGAAAAGAAAACAGCUGUAGCCAUGGCACAAGUUGCCCAAGAAAGAGUUAGCAUAACUGUUAAUGAAUAUUUAAAUGAGAAAAAAUAUGUUGCACAAAAGUUAAUUGAAAAAGAUAAUGAGACACUUCAGGGUGGUUUACGACAACUUCGGCAGAACAGAUUUGACUAUUUUGAAAAAGUAAGAAAGAGAAGAGCUCUGUUUCUGGAAGAGAAAACCCAAAAGGCUGCAGAUCGUUUAUUAGUUCAAAACUUAAAUAAUGAGCGCACUCUUUUGAUCAAAGGAAUGAUUAAAGUCGACCGAUUGAAGCAGAAUGAGGCUGUCCUAAAAGAGAAAAGUCUCAUCGUUCAGAAAAAACUAAAAGCAGAAAAAUAUCAAAAGAAUUUACUUAAACAAAUGAAGGAAUUUAGGGCUCAAGAAACACAUAAAAAGCACUGUGAAGAAAAAUUUGUUCUCAAUAUACUUGCCCUUCAAAAAGCCUGUGAAAGAUUCCAAGAGGCUAAAGCAAAAGUUGCAAAAGUAAAAACAAACGUAAACUUUAAAAUUAAAAAUUUGUUA